AAUGUGUAAAAAAAUACUUUGUUGCUUUUAACAUUAAAAAUUUAACUUUUAUGCAACUAUACCCAUAUUUCUCCAUAUGACCAAAUUAUCCUCUGGUACUCUAUAUGUUAUAAUACAAAAGUAAAUCAUCACAUUAUUUUACUUGUUUCAGGUGUGAAUGGUUGAUUGAGAGUCCAGAUGUUCAGCUUUACCCAUACAUUGCUUUAACAUUCUUAUCUCAAGACACUGAAUGCAGUUAUGAUUUUAUAACUGUACAUGACGGGAACACAUAUACUUCGAAAGUUAUAGCAAAAAUAAGUGGGGAUUCAACUAGAGCCCCUUUACAUAUUCUCCAUGCACACUCUGGUAGUAUGUUGUUGUAUUUUUUCAGUGACAGCAACUAUGUCAAGAAUGGAUUUCGUGCCAAAUUCAAUAUUUAUUCAUGUUUAAAUAAUUGCAGUAACAAUGGGCGUUGUAUUCAAAUGAGAUGUAGCUGCAAUGCUGGUUGGAUUGGAACUUCGUGCAACCAACGUGGCUGUCCAAACAACUGCAAUGCACCUCACGGCAUUUGUGACUUUGAAAGAUCCAAGCGUUGUAUUUGCAAUGCUGGUUAUAUUGGUAAAGGUUGCAAUCUCUAUACUUCUUCAUCAAGUCAGAAUAAUAGUUGGACAGCGGUUAACAACUUUACUUUCUUUGGAGAUGCUGCUCCAAGUUUAUCAUUUCAUGCGGCAGAAUUUGUUCAUUCGUUCUUGUAUAUAUUUGGAGGUUAUGAUUUAAAUGCAAUGAAGAAUGGAUUGUAUCGAUAUAACUUCAGGGAAAAUUUCUGGACUUCAUUAAGAACUAAUAUGAUUGGUCCAGCACCUCGUGCCUUUCAUACGAUGAACUACAUCAGAACCGAAUAUUUGGAUCAACUACUCAUAUUUGGAGGUCAAUUUGAAAAUGGGUCAUACAGUAAUGACAUGUGGAUGUUUAACAUUACUUCCAACUCAUGGCAUUUAGUUAUUCCUUCCAACAACAUUUCUGUUUCUAGGAAACUUUCCCAACAUGCAGCUUGUGUGGUUGAACAUUCUAAUGUGCAAUACUUGUAUGUAUUUGGUGGCCUUGUUGGUAAGAAGGAUGAUUCAACGUUUUCGAGCGACUUACAUAUGUUUGAUGUAAGAAAAAAGAAGUGGAGCACAUUGUCGGACUCUUCUGGUACUAAAGAAACCAAACGUCGACUGGCUGGUCAUUCAAUGGUGUACGACAAUGUCACACAUACUUUGAUUGUAUUUGGUGGUUUUCUUGCAUCUAAAUCUAUUGCCAAUAGAUCAAAUAGGUUGUUGUUUUUCAAUAUAUUGAAGAAAUACUGGUAUGAAUUUGAAAUGAAUGAUUCACCACCACCCAUGGCGUUUCACUCUGCUAAUAUUGCUGGUGAUUACAUGAUUAUACAUGGAGGCAGUGUACAUAUGCAUGAAUCUGACGAGUCAUGUUAUAGCGACAAUACUUAUUUCUACCACUUAAGGUGUGCUUCUUGGAAAAGUUCAAACUCUCAUCAUGGUGGAAGGUAUGGUCAUGUUUCUGCCAUGUUCAAUCAAAAUGUUGUGUUGUAUCAUGGUGGGUAUGAUGGAACUGUCUCAAAUAGCCUGUUAGCUUACAAAGUACCUAAGUAUGCAAUGAACACUAUACCAUACUUUGAAAUCUGCCAAAGUUACACAGUAAGAGAUAUUUGCUCAUCUGAUGUAAGAUGUGUGUGGUGUGAAGAUGGUUUAGUAAGUCAUCAUUCGUUUUGUACCAACAAAGAAAAUGGAUCAAACUCUUGCAAUGAUCAUCAAUUAACACCUUCUACAUGUGGUGGGAUGUGUCAACAUCUUAAAGUUUGUUUUUCAUGUUCAACAGUGCGCAGGUUUGAUUUUUUGGAAGGUGAAUGGGUGGCAGGUCGCUGUAUAUGGAAUGUUCAUGAUAGAAAGUGCUCUUCUGCAAACACAACUACCAAUAAUUUGCCUGGUGAUGAAACAUUGGAACGAUCUUGGCGAGGAAAUCCCACUACUAAUAUAAUUACUUCCAAGCUACAAUGUGUAAACAUGAAAUUAGCUGAGGGUUUUAUCAGCCAGUACUUUCGUGAUGAUAUAACUUCUCCUUAUAAGGUUGCUUUUGUACAAGGACCUCUAUCUUUAACUGUUGUCCACCACGGCAUACCUACACAUAAUUAUACCGUUGCCGUGCAAGGGUAUCUCCAUCCAUUGAAUAAACAACUGUUCCCAAACCAUAUCCUCAGAUUUAAACUGACUUCCCGAAGAGGAUCUGCAAAAUUUUAUCUAAGCAGAGAUGACAACGACACAAAUAGCAAUUUAAUUGUACAAACAAGACAAAAUAAUAAUUUUGUGCGCUCCACCUCUCAUAAUAUUCACAGAAGACUUUCUUCAACUGCGAGAUACUAUUACAAGUUAAUAUUCACACAUACCGGUGAAAGUCACUCCAAUAUUCAACCUGAAGUUAGUGUUGCGUGGACAGCAAGAAGCAACUCCAAUCCACAUUUAAACUUUUCCAUUAUCCAAUCAAGAUUUCUUGAACCAUACAACACAGACACUCGCUCAAAUCCUUGCAAUUCCUAUUUAGGUUGUUUAUCAUGUCUUGCUGAUUAUAGUUGUGUAUGGUUCAUUCAAUCUAACACCUGUGCUAUGAGAUCAGAUGUAUCAAAUUCUGACCUUGUUCAUGGUUUGGUUACCGACCCACAUUUGUGUGAGGCAUGUGCCGACUAUACAUCGUGUAAUGAAUGCAACCAACAUCAUGGGUGCUUGUGGUCCAACCAUGGAGUGUGUCAUCAUACAAUAGAAACUGAGUUAAUUAAAGAAUGUCCUACAUCAUGCUUUGGAAGGAAAACUUGUCAGGAAUGUUUGAAUGGAAGGGAAAGUGGUGGUGAACUAUGUACUUGGUGUGAAAGUUCACAAACUUGUUACUCCUUCAAACUUCAUCUACCAUUAAACUUAUUUGCUUCUUGUACAGAGUGGUUUGAAAAUCCAAUGCAGUGUAAAAAUUGCAGUGGUCACACAACAUGUGGAGAAUGUAAUGAAGAUUAUUUAUGUGGAUGGUGCAGUUCGCAAGAAAAUCGUCUUAUUGGUUCAAGGUGUUUAUUUGGACAUUUCCAUCUCCCCCAUUCCGAAUGUCCAAUCAAUAAUCCAUAUAGCAACGACUUGUUUGACUGGGACUAUGCAACAUGUCCUGAUGUGGAUGAAUGUGAAAUGCGUAUCCAUUCAUGUGAUAUCAACGCUUUAUGUUUAAACAAUAUGCAUUCUUACACAUGUCAAUGUAACCGUGGAUACACAGGAGAUGGGAAUUCAUGUGUGAGAACAUGUGAUAUUGAAUGUGUACAUGGUGUAUGUAGCAAUGAACCAGAUUAUGCAUGUGUGUGUGAUUUGGGAUGGUUAAGCAUGGGAAAUAAUCUUACUGGAUGUGAUGAACAAUGUUUGUGUAACUUCCACAGCACAUGCAACACAGAUAUUGCUAUUUGUGAUGCAUGUCAACAUAACACACAAGGUGUUCAUUGUGAACAAUGUAUUGUUGGUAGUUAUGGAGAUGCAACUUCACAUGCUGGUUGCAACUUAUGUGAUUGCAAUGGACAUGGGGAUCUUCAAUAUAAUAUUUGUAAUUCACAAUCUGGGGCAUGUUUCUGUACUGGUAAUACAGCGGGGGAUCAUUGUGAGAUGUGUGCAGCUGGUUACUAUGGAAACUCAACAAACCAUGGUGUAUGUUACAAGAAAUGUCAAGGUCGUCACUUUGUUCGAGAUAUUCAUGGAUCUGGUGCAUUCGGUACAUUAUUCAAUUCUAAUGAAAAAAAGUAUUGCUGGUUCAUAAUACAAGCUCAUUCUACAACAGAUAUUGUAAAACUUGUUUUCAACAAUUUGAAAAUAAAGUGUGAGAUUGAACGAAUGUAUAUAUAUGAUGGAAUACCCAGCCAUACCAAUGCAUCUUUACUUGCUGUUGUAUGUAACUCAUUCGAGUCAAACUUUGUAUUUUCUUUAUCAGACACUCUCACCGUUGUGUUCGAUGCAGUUGCAUUGUCAUCUGGGUUCAGUGUAGUAUACAACAUAGUAUCCCGUGAUAAUGAUUCACAAAUAUUAUCCACUUUUUCCAUGAUCAAUUCAUGUCAUGCUUCAUCUGAAAGCAGGGAACUAAAGAUCAUGGAUGGAACGGAGGGAAUACACCGAAUCAAUCUGCUAAAUAAUCCAAAUCCUGCGUUUGGACAUACAUUGGUUUCAUACAAAGAUUCUUUAAUGUUGUUUGGUGGUUUUAGAUUCGGAGUAUUAGAUUCUUCUGUAUACAUAUAUAACACAACAAAUAUGCUAUGGACUCCAAUCAUGUCUACAGUGGCACCAACUGGUCGAUAUUUCCAUGCAAGUGUUUCUGUACCAACAUUAAAUCGUAUGUUAGUGUUUGGUGGUAUAACUUUCAACCAAAUACUCUCGAAUGAGUUAUGGGAAUUUUACUGGUCGCACAACUUCACUAACAACAAAUGGAGAUUGAUUGAAAGUAAUUCUACACCACCCAUGGUUGCUGCACAUACUUUCACACAAUGUCAAAAUGGAGAUUUUAUUUUAAUUGGUGGAUUAUCAGUCAAUGGUAAAAUCAAUAAGGAGAUUUGGAAAUUCAACCUUUAUACAUCUUCAUGGAAGCAACUCUCAUCAAGAGGAUUAAAUUUUGCUGUGUUUGGUCAUACAUCGAUUUGUGAUGUAACAAACAAUGUUAUCUAUAUUUUUGGUGGAUGGAAAGCUGGGAAAAAUGCAAUUUCAAAUAACUUAUAUUUGUAUGACAUAACUUGUGAAAGAUGGAAACACAUUGAUACGAGGUCAGAUGUGCAUCACCCACCAGCCAUGAUGUUUCAUUCUGCUGCUCAAUUUAACACGGUUUCUGAUCGGGGGUUCGUUAUAUUUGCUGGAGGAGUUUAUGUGAAGAAUGAUAUUUGGAAAUAUUCCUUUGGAUCUCAUUCGUGGACAAAUCUCACUUCGCCAGCAAGAGCACAAGGUAUUGGUAUGGGGUCUUCAGCAGUCACAAUUAAUACAACAACAGAAGGUUUAUAUAUUUAUGUUUAUAGUGGAAAUUAUGAUGGACUCUUCUACAAUCAUUUACACAUGUUUAAUGCAAGCUGCAGUUUGACUGAUGCUCAGCAGCUUAACGAAGAGGUUCUCGAAGGAAGAAAUGAACCAACGGUAUUAUGUAAUGAUUUGAAAUCAUGUCGAGAAUGCAACUUGCAUUUUUCUUAUCAACGCAGCUGUAUGUGGAUAAAUGACCAAUGUGUUGUGAACCAGUGUUCAAACAAUGAAACCAUGGAAAAUAUUCAUUCAUUUGCAUGUUCUGUAUGUAGUGAUAUGGAUUGUGAGGAUUGUUAUAACUCUGCACAUUGUCACUGGGUGCCCGGUAAUGUAACAUCUCAUAACAAGAAUGGAUAUUGUGAAGAAAAUACAAACAAUACAACACAAGUGAAAAAGACUGCUCCUCUAGCAAUACAUAACUAUACAAUGUGUUUCCAGCAAUGUUCUAUUUUUACUUCCUGCAAUACUUGUUUGUCUAAUUAUGAUGAUAUUUCUGUUUGCUUGUGGAGUACUCAAGUAAACAAAUGUAUGUCAGUUGUUGAGAGUAUUCUUCAAUGUAGCGCUGGUCUGUGUGGCCAUGUGGUUCAACUUGGUUCUCAAUGUCCAACACCAUGCAGUUACUUCACAUAUUGCAAUCAUUGUUUGUUGAAUGAAGGCUGUGGUUGGGUGGGUAAUGACGAUGGAUCUGGUCACGGUGAAUGUACCGCCGGCACUUACCUGGCUCCUAUUGAUUUGCAAGCAGUUGAUUCAUCACAAUGGUGGUUCAUUUCAUGUCCACAAGAGAAUGAAUGUUUGAAUGGACAUGCAAGUUGUCAAAAUCAAGACAAUGAGGAUUGCCAAGAUACCCAUGAUGCAUUUGAGUGUGUUUGUGCACCCGGCUACACCAGAGACAAUAUAACAUUGUUGUGUAAACCGCACUGUCAAUCAGGUUGUGUGAAGGGUGAUUGUAUAAGGCCAGAUGUUUGUCAAUGUAACUUCGGGUAUACUGGUGAAUCAUGUGACCUGCUAUGUCCGUGUAAUCACCAUAGUGAUUGUAUUGAGUUGACACCUGAUACUUACAAUUGCACGGAUUGCCUUCAUAACACAGUGGGUGAAAGUUGUGACCGAUGUAAACACGGAUAUGUUGGGAAUCCAAUCAACAAUCAAACUUGUGUUCCUUGUCAUGUUGUAUGCAACCAACGAUCAAAUGUUUGUGUCAGAAAAUCUACCUUAACCUUUUAUCGCAGUCAAACAAUCAAUUUAUAUGGACCGUCUCAUGUUGAUGAUGCUGUUUGUGUGGAUUGUGAUGGAAAUAGUUCGGGAGAUUAUUGCAAUGAAUGCAUUGAUGGAUAUUUUAUGCUAAAUGGAGCUUGUCACAUGUGUUAUUGCAAUGGACAUGGUGAUAAUUGUGAUAAGAUUACUGGUAGUUGGUGUAAUUGUAGAAACCACACCACCACGUCCAACCCGCUGUGUAAUGAACCAUCGAGGUUUUUAAAUAUUGAUGAUAAAUGUUGGCAACAGCAAUGUGAUGCAUGCCAGGGUGGAUUUAAAGGAAAUCCAAUCAAUGGUGGACAUUGCUACAGGCUGGUCAGUAUAAAUGAUGAAUGGUGUUUUGACCCAACGCUUCUACCUGGUUGCGCCACACAUGAUUAUAACAAGAAGUUGGAGAUGAAAGCUGGUUCAACAAUUUUAUUUGCGCUUCAUCCCAAAUUUUUGAAUGUUGAUAUGAGGUUGAUUGUUGAAGUAUCUUCUGGAACUGUUGAUAUUUUUAUUUCUGAUUCAGAUUCAGUAUUUCGCAUUGUUGAAGACUCCACAUUUGAACAAAAGGUUGAAAUAUCAGCAUCACAUAAUAAUUCAUUACAAGACAGACGAAUUGAACGAAGUGUUUUAAAUAAUUCCAAUUCUGAUGGUUCCUUGCAUGACAAUCAUGUGAUGUAUUUGAACACUUCGGGCUUCAACAGUUACACCACAAUAGCACCAAACAAAGUGCUUCAUGUACAGAAUCUACAAAACAUGUUGGUUGUAUCUUUCCCACACUCCCAAUAUAACUUUGAAACAGGAAUUUUUUAUGUGGUGAUCCUAUCACGUGAAUUACGAUAUGAAGCAAGUAAUAAAAGUGUGUUGGAAAAAACAUCAAGUGGAAGACUAUUGUUUCGACAGGACCAAACUAGAGUGGACUUAUUUGUUUUUUUUUCUGUAUUUUUCUCUUGUUUCUUCCUUUUUCUGUCUAUAUGUGUUGUAGCUUGGAAGAUAAGACAAGCUGUUGCAGCACAGCGGAACUUGUUAGCUCAUCACAUUCAACUUCAACACAUGGCAAGUCGCCCUUUUGCUUGUAUAUAUUUGUAUAUAAGCCAUUCAUCAACCACAGAAGUCUAUACCAAGUCCGACGCAAAAAAGAUUUUAAAAUCCAAACUAUCUUAUUUAUCAAAAGAUGAGCCAAGUAAAAAGAUGUCUACGCAUCAAAGAAACGUUUCAAAAGUUUUGCUUCCUCCUAUACUUAAAUGCUCAUUGGAAAAUAAAACUCCCGAUGGGUUUACCUCUGUAAUGAGAAAACAAUGUGCUUGUCAUGGUAUUUUAAAUUUGAUGGAUACGUCAGAUCAGAGAUCAAAUGUAACCAAAUCUACAAAACAACAAACUAGAUUAAGAUUGCACUGCACUUACAGUAAAUCAGAUAAAAACAAUGUUGAAAAACAUAUAACAGAAGAAUAUUUGGAACACAAUGUUCCAUUACUGCAAAAUCUUUCCAGUGGUGUUGAUGGCAAUGAUGAAUUUCUGCAUGUUGCUUCUAAUGUUAAUUCUACUGAAGAAAAGAAAGAAAUUCUAAAUUUUGUGUCAGGUCUCGAAUCAAAGACAAGUGUAAAUGAAAGUAUUGAACUUCCUCAUUGCGUAUCAACACCUGUCAUUUACAAACCAUCCUCACCAAGAUUAUCAGGCAGAAGCUUAAGAAGUCAAUCAAGUUUUAGAAACAAGCAUUUUUUUAAAAGAAUACAAAGCAGAGUUCAUGGUCCUUUAUCUUUUGAACCAACAAGCGAUGGACAAGCAGGUGUAGCUACAGUGUUUAUACAACUACCAUCUGCUUCUACCAUAGGCAUUGGAUCAGCACUAAUGAACAAGAAAUGUUUAUCAUUAGCUUGCUAUGAAGAGUCCAAUGUUUUAAAAAAGUAUGGUUAUGUUGAAACAAAAAGAAUUUAGAAAUUUUUUUUCUUCUAGUUUUGGUGAGAUGAAUAUUUCUGUAAAGCUUUCUAAUUGAUGCAGCAAUAAGCACAUGUUUAUGUUACAACACUGCCAGUUCUAUCGCAUUAUUUUUUAACAAAGUAUUUUUUAACAUACACAUGCAUGUUAUUAGGAAUUAUUCGUGUUGCCGUUGGGUUAAGAAAAUAAUAUGCACUUGGAGAAUGUUGUGAUAUGCAGUUCAACUGUUGUGUUUUGUUGAGCCCUGCCGCAUGCAUGAUAUUCGGUUAAGCAAAUUAAACAUUAAAGUUCUGAUUGGAAGAAAA